AUGGCUAAACUGGUCCACAACGUGCAGAAGAAGCAACAUAGGGAAAGAUCCCAACUUACAAGCAGAGCAAGAUUAGGCCACUUGGAAAAGCAUAAGGACUAUGUCAAGCGUGCUCAAGAUUAUCAUAAGAAGGAAAAAUCUCUGAAAAUUCUUAGGGAAAAAGUGAAGGAAAGAAACGAAGAUGAGUACUACCAUGGUAUGCAUUCAAGGAAACUAGAUCAAAAGAAUAACUUAUUAUAUGUAGAUAGAAACAAUAACGAAGAUUUAUCAAAUGAUCAAGUUAAAUUAUUGAAGAGUCAAGAUGUUAAUUAUAUUAGAACUUUACGUACCGCUGAAUUGAACAAAAUAGAGAAUUAUAGAAAGAAAAAUUUAAUCAUCAAUUCAACUUCAUUAAACAAGGAAUCAGAUAAUCACAAGGUCUUUGUCGAUAAUAAAAAUGAACUGAAAAAUUUUAAACCAGAAGUUUAUUUCAAUACAAGUAAGGAGCUGUUACACAAGAGAGAAAAUAGAUUGACUAAUGACCAGUUAUUAGAAACUGAAUUUUCUUCCUUUGAUUCAACAGUUAAUGAAAGUUUAAAAAGGAAGAAAUUGAAAAAUUUAAAAAUCAUGCAAAGCCAUAUUAAAAGAGAAUCUGAAUUGAAGAAUAUUGAACAAAGGAUGAAUUUACAAAGAGAAGUAAUGAAAAAUGGAUCAAAGAAGAAGAUCACCGAUCCAAAGACUGGUAAAAUAUCAUUUAAAUGGAAAAAACAACGUAAGCGUUAA